GGCCGCAGCUGGCGGCGGUGCCGGGAUAGCCGGGAUAACCGGGACACCCCGCGGGCCCCCAGCCGGUGCCGAUGCCGAGGAGCAGCUGACGGCGGCGGGGACGCGGAAAUGGAGCCGCGGCCGGGCCGGGCCGUGCGGGCGCUGUGCGGCCUUUUCCUCCUUCUCCUCCUCCUCGUCCUGCAGCAUCCCGGCCGCGCCGAGCGGGCCCCCGGCUCCCACCUGGACGACUCGGCCAUCGCAGAGUUCUGCCGCAUCGACAAGGCCCUGUGCCACGAUGAGGACGAGCAGCUGAGCUUCGAGGCCGUGCGCAACAUCCACAAGCAGAUGGACGAUGAUGCCAAUGGCAACGUGGACGUGGAGGAGAGCGACGAGUUCUUGAGGGAAGACUUGAAUUACCAUGACCCAGCAGUCAAGCACAGCACUUUCCAUGGAGAGGACAAACUCAUCAGUGUGGAGGACCUCUGGAAGGCCUGGAAAACAUCAGAAGUGUACAACUGGACGGUGGACGAGGUGGUGCAGUGGCUCAUCUCCUACGUGGAGCUGCCCCAGUACGAGGAGACCUUCCGCAAGCUGCAGCUCAGCGGCCACGCCAUGCCCAGGCUGGCAGUGAACAAUGCCACCAUGAUGGGCACGGUGCUGAAGAUGACCGACCGCAGCCACCGGCAGAAGCUGCAGCUCAAGGCUCUGGACACGGUGCUCUUCGGGCCUCCUCUGUUGACUCGACACAACCACCUCAAGGACUUCAUGCUGGUGGUGUCCAUCGUCAUCGGCGUGGGCGGCUGCUGGUUCGCCUACAUCCAGAACCGCUACUCCAAGGAGCACAUGAAGAAGAUGAUGAAGGACCUGGAGGGUCUCCACAGGGCAGAGCAGUCUCUCCAUGACCUGCAGGAGAGGCUGCAGAAGGCGCAGGAGGAGCACCGCUCCGUGGAGGUGGAGAAGGUGCACCUGGAGAAGAAGCUGCAGGACGAGAUCAGCAUUGCCAAGCAGGAGGCGCACCGGCUGCGGGAGCUGCGCGAGGGCACCGAGAACGAGCUCAGCCGGCAGAAAUACGCUGAGCAGGAGCUGGAGCAGGUGCGGAUGGCGCUGAAGAACGCGGAGAAGGAGCUGGAGUCCCACUGCAGCUGGGCUGCCCCCGAGGCCCUGCAGAAGUGGCUGCAGCUGACCCACGAGGUGGAGGUGCAGUACUACAACAUCAAGAAGCAGAACGCAGAGAAGCAGCUGCUGGUGGCCAAGGAAGGGGCUGAAAAGAUCAAAAAGAAGCGAAACACCCUUUUUGGGACGUUCCAUGUUGCUCACAGUUCCUCUCUGGAUGAUGUGGAUCAUAAAAUCCUAACUGCAAAACAAGCGCUGAGCGAGGUGACGGCGGCGCUGCGGGAGCGGCUGCACCGCUGGCAGCAGAUCGAGCUGCUCUGCGGCUUCCAGAUCGUCAACAACCCCGGCAUCCCCUCGCUGGCCUCGGCCCUCAACAUCGACCCGGGCUGGAUGGGCACGCCCCGGCCCAACCCCUCCCACUUCAUCAUCACCGACGACGUGGAUGACCUGGACGAGGAGCUGGUGUCACCCAUGUCCAUGCAAUCUCCGGCCUUGCCCAGCACAGUCCGGCAGCGCCUGGUGGAGCCGCAGCACGGCCACGGAUCGCAGAGGUUGGUAGAGAGUCUCAUGCCGGGGCAGCCCGAGGCGGGCCCCGUGGCCCCGCUGCGCGCGGGCCGAGUGUCCCUGCGCCGAAUGCACAGCCUCACCUCCGGACAGUCCUUCGGCUCCGACCCGCCCGGCUCCAGCCCAUCGCCUGCCUCCACCUCCUCCACCUCCUGCUCCUCAUCCACCACCACCGCACCUGCUCCUGCUUGCCAUGUCCACCCUAUCUAUUACCAUCACACCACCUCUUAUUUCCUCCAGAUGGAUUCCAUCCCCGACCUGCCCCCUCCUGAUGUCACCUCUGGAGUUCGCUGUCGCACUGGGAGCUUUGGAGAUUUAACUCGCUGCGACUCCGACUCCUCCAUCCCGCACCUGAGCGACCACCAGCGUAUCCCCAGCUCGGCGCCCAAGCUGCUGGCUGCCCGGCCCACGCUGCUGACCAGGUCCAUGGAGGAGGCUGUCCCCGGGCCCCCGGGCCCCGGCGCGCCCACGCCCAACGGCGGCAGCCGGCACGGGGAGCCCUCCGCCCUGGCGGCUUUGCAGGAGCGGCUGCCCGAGAGCCCCAUGGUGAUGAAGAAGAUGAUGACGGUGAACCACGGCAUGGAGAAGUCCUCCAGCCUGGGGGAGAUCAGCCACCACCCGACGGCCGGCAAGCCCAGCCACUCGGAUUCGUCCCGGUCGCACAGCCCCAGCUCCACCGACCCCGACACCCCCUCCCCCAUCUCUGACUGCCGGCCCAGCGGCGCCAGGAACACCCGCAUCCCGCAGCUGGCCGCCAAGAAGAGCCCGGGGGACGAGGACAGCAGCCUGACGGGCGACGAGGUUGACCUCGGCCAGAGCAAGAAAAAGUUCCCCCUAAAGAUCUUCAAGAAGCCCAAGAAGUAGGGGGGGAGACCCCCGGACGCGUCCCGCCGGGCCCGGGGCCGGCCGUGCACCGGGAACGCAGCGCGGCCCCGGCACCCUCCGCUCCCCGAGUCACCCCGGCGCCGGCACGGGAGGAGCUAUUUAAACUUAUUUAUUUCCUCAUCUCCGAGACGAGAAGCGCGACGCCGCCGGCUCCCCGCGAGAAGAGCCGCCCCUGCCCUCCCUCCGACCGCUGCGGUCCCGGCUUUGCUGUGCAUGGCUUCCAGUUACUCCUGCUCUGCUCAGCCACGCGGCCUUUGGGUUUGGUUUCAAUGUGGUUUUAUUUUUUUUUUAAUUUUAUUUUUUAUUGUUGUUAUUAAUUUGUUUUCCUGCCUCCUCCGACUUUUGCACAGGCUGAGGGCGGGCCGGGGCCGCUCCGCGCUGCCCCUGCGGUGACUCCGCUCGCAGCGGUUCUCCCUCAUUGCUCCGAGUCACUUUCCCACCCCGGCCCCUCGGCUGCGCCCCUGGGAAGGGGAUCCCGUCCCGAGCAGCUCUCGCUGCGCAGGAGCAGGGGAGGACUCUGCCCUUGCCGCCGGUACUUGUGUGCUCCCGGUGCCCCCGGGGGCCGCGGGGAUGGGGCUGUCCCCGCACGGCUCUGCCCGGUGCCCGGGGAAGGUCGGGACAGGGGCAGGAGGGACCCACGCCUGGCCCGGGCUGUGCUUCCCCGGUGCCCUGCACUGCUCCGAACCUGCCGUGCCCGGGACCCAGCUGAGGACCCUGGUGACAGGGACAGGGAGGGAACCACCCUGGUGACAGGGACAGGGAGGAAAGGACCCUGGUGACAAGGAACAGUGAGGGAUGGACCCUGGUGACAGGGACAGGGAGGGAAGGACCCUGGUGACAGGGAACAGUGAGGGAUGGACCCUGGUGACAGGGACAGGGAGGGAAGGGCCCUGGUGAAUGGGACAGUGAGGAAAGGACCCUGGUGACAAGGACAGGGAGGGAAGGACCAUCCCAAGGGGUGUUGGUGCAGAGCCAGUCCAGCCGCCACAUCCACAUGAAGAGGAGAGGAGGGGGCUCCCGGGAGCAGGGCCUGUCCCCUGUCCUGUGUCCCCUGUCCCAGCUGGGCAGGGCCAGAGGGAGGGACCAGGACACAGCAGGGCUCUCAGGGCAGGGGACAGGCCGUGCCUGGGGGGCAGGACCAUGACAGAGCCCUCCCCUGGAGCAGGCCGGGCGCUGGGGCUCUGUGCCCCCCACACAGGCAGUGUCCCCCUUGCCCUGGGGCCACACACCAGGGUGUCCCUGGCUGUGCCAGCCUGACCCGGGGCUCAGUCCGUCCUCCUGUCCUCCCUCAGCACAUUGUGGGUCACAUCCUGCUGCUCACAGCCCCCGGCUCACCCCGGCGUGUCCCCAGCACAGCCCCGGCCACUGCGGGGCCCCCACUGAGGGCAGCAGCUGUGGCUGAGCCCACUCCCUGUGAGGGCCGAGCCUGUCCCGAGGGAUGGGGCCUGCCCCGUCCCCAGGGCUGAGUACUGAGGGAUGAGCUCUGCCCCAUUCCCAGGGCUGAGUACUGAGGGAUGAGCUCUGCCCCAUCCCUGAGCCCUGCCCCAUUCCCAGGGCUGAGUACUGAGGGAUGAGCUCUGCCCCAUUCCCAGGGCUGAGUACUGAGGGAUGAGCUCUGCCCCACCCUGGGCCCUGUCCCAUCCCUGACCCCCCUCUCCCAGCUCCUCCAGGAGCAUCCCCCAGCCCCAGGGCUGCCAGGGGAGCCCCCAAGCCCCUUCCCACCCCACUCGAGGUGGCUCCCUGGCACCACAGAACCCCCCAGCCCAGGGUCCCUGUCCUCAGCACCCCCUCCGUCCCCAGACCACCGUCCCACACGUCCUUGGGGUGGGCAGGGGCUGCUCCUGCCGAGGCAGAGGAAGAUGCACAAUGGGGGGAGGAGGAAGAAGAGGAGGCCGGGCCAAAUGCCGAGAGCCCCCGGGGCCUUGCUUUAUGCCAGAGUAAUAUAUUUGUGUCUUGACAAUUCAGGAAGGGCUACAAAGGUGUUUUUUGUUCCGUAGGCGGGAGUUAAACGAUUUCACUGUUGCUUUGGGAUAAGUGAAAAAUUCCUCUCAAUGACUCUAAGUGCCUGCAUAUCCUUGGGGACAGGGGGGGUGGGCUCAGCCCCACAACAGGGCUGCUGCCUGGGCACCCCGAUUCCAUGGACACCCUGAUCUGUGGGCACCCCGAUCUGUGGGCACCUCGAUUUGUGGGCACCUGAAUUUAUGGGUACCCUGAUCUAUGGGCACCCCAAUUUAUGGGCACCCUGAUUUAUGGGUACUCCAAUCCGUGGGCACCCUGAUCUGUGGACACCCCAGUUUAUGGGCACCCUGAUUCCUGGGUACCCCAAUUUGUGGGCACCCUGCUGUCACAGGCAGGGCCCCCCGGGAGCAGGGCCAGCGGGGUCGGGGCCAGAGCUGCUUGUGGUGGCAGAGACCUGUGGAUGCUUCUGGAGAAGGGGUUGGGGAUCCACCAAACGGCAACCGUUGACACAUCUGCCAACUCUUGAUUUAAGGUGGUUUUUGUUUUUUGUUUUUUUGUCAUUUCAUAAAACUUUUCAAUCCAAUAAAGCAUGUAGUCUAUUUUACGA